AUGACGAUCCAACUUCCGGAUUUCACGCGCUUCAAGCACCGAACGCAACGAUUCGACCCUCAACGUUGGAAACUGCACCUUCACGCGCUACUCUGUAUCAUCCCACGCGCAAAGAGAAUUUCGAUCCUCUUUGACCGAACUAAACAUACUAAUUGUGACCAAAAGGGACAUCAACAAGCAGCGUUUGAUUUUCGCCGGGAAGCAGCUCGAGGACGGCCGCACUCUCGCCGACUACAACAUCCAGAAGGAAUCGACGCUUCAUCUCGUGCUCCGUCUCCGACUCUCUCUGGUGGUGCUAAGAAGAGGAAGAAGAAGACUUACACCAAGCCGAAGAAAAUCAAGCAUAAGCAUAAGAAGGUGAAGCUCGCGGUUCUUCAGUUUUACAAAAUCGAUGGAUCUGGGAAAGUUCAGCGUCUGAGGAAAGAGUGCCCUAACGCAACUUGUGGAGCUGGUACUUUCGUGGCGAGUCAUUUCGAUCGCCAUUACUGUGGUGGAUUGGUUGAGAUACUGCUGGCAAACAAGGAGCUUUUCCAAGGCAGAGCAAAAGCCUUCGAUGUUGGAAAGGCGUUGUCUUCAAAAUCAGUUCGUGAAUUUGAUAAAGCCUUGUCCAUGGUGACAUAUGGUUGCGAGAGUAUAGAAGAUUUCUAUUCCAGUUGUGCAACCAGAGAUGUGAUUGGGGAAGUAAAAGUUCCUGUCCUCUUUAUACUGGCUAUGCAGUUGUCUUUAAGAAUGACAAUGUGGUACAACCUUAUACAAUACCACAGACUUCAAUAGCUGAAAAUCCAUACA